AUGGCAUGCCGAAACGUCAUGUCCUUCAACAUCCUCAUCGGUGGUCUCAUCCACAACGGGGACAUCAACACUGCCCGCAAGCUGUUCGAUGAAAUGCCAGAGAGGAACCUCGCCACCUGGAACGCCAUGAUUACCAGGCUGGCUCACUUCGAGCUCGACGAGGAGGGACUCAAGUGCUUCCUGAGGCCGAGGAGGGAGGGCCUAUGUCCCGAUGAGUUUGGUUUGGGGAGUACCUUGCGAUGCUGCGCCAGAUUGAAGGAUGCAGGUUCUGGUCGCCAAAUCCAUGCCUUCGUGGUUCUCAAUGGGUUUGGGCAGGACAUGUGUGUUGGGAGCUUUCUAGAUCACAUGUACAUGAGAAGUGGUCAUCUUGAAGAAGGAGAAAGGGUUCUUAAAGGAUUGCCUUUCCUCAAUGUGGUCUCUUGCAAUACUGUGAUUGUAGGAAGAACACAAAAUGGGGACCCUGAAGGGGCCUUCCACCGUUUCAUCCUCAUGAAGAAUGUCGGAUUGUUGCCAGACCAUGUAACCUUUGUUAGCAUCAUCAGUGCAUGGUCUGACUUAGCUGCCUUAGCACAGGGGCAACAACUGCAUGCACAAGUCAUCCACGUUGGAGUUGGUUCAGUCACCCCGGGGAAUUUGGACGAUAUUCCGAGUUGCAACCAACAGGAAGGACACUUGAUCGAGCCAGAACUAGCACUUGGAGAACUUUACGUAUAA